CCUAAAAUAUAGAGUAUUUAAAUAGUUUUACACGAUGAGUUCGAAAAAUUCGGCCCUUGCAUCACUUACCGCCACUUAUACAGAUUCCGAAAAUGAAGAAGAUCGUCGUUCCGACGAUGAUUCUCCUCAAUCCGAAGGAGGAAGUUCCGUGUCACAGAUCCGUUCCCGCCAGCAAACACCACUGCGGGAGAUGUCCGAAAGCUCUGGCACACCUGUGACCCAAACAAACACUGCUAGCCUUCCCUUCAAAUCCGCUGAACCAAGCGGUGCCAGCGACAAUGGAACACCCGGGCCUCCGCGCAAGAAAGCCCUCCGUCUCGUUAGCUACAUCGACGAUACGAUAGUUGAUACGGACGAAGAAAACAACUCGCCGGCCCGCAGCGAUCGAGAAGAACCAGUAGAAUCCGAGCACGAACCCGAACCACAGCGAAGCCCUUCGCCGGAAAAGGUAGACCGGGCGAAACUGUACGGUUUUAGCUUGCCGCCCGAACCGAAAGGCAAAUGUUCGCAGGAGCUGCAGGAUAAAAUUGCCGCACUGCACGAACGGAUGAAAAAUUCCAACAUGGACACGAACCGCAUCAUUCAGGAACGCAAAGAGUUUCGCAACCCGAGCAUCUACGAAAAGUUGAUCCAUUUCUGUGACAUCAACGAGCUGGGCACAAACUAUCCGCCCGAAAUAUUUGAUCCCUUCCAGUGGGGCAAAGAGUCAUACUACGAGGAACUGGCGAAGGCACAGAAAAUCGAAAUGGAAAAGGUAGAAAAAGCGCGCAAGGAAGCAACCAAAACGGAAAUACAGACCGGCGUCAAGCGUGUCGAUCCGGACGAGUCGAAAAAGCGCAAAUCAAAAUGGGAUCAGCCGGGCGUGCUGGGAGCGGCACCUGGUAUGCUGGGAGCGGCGGCUGCGGUCGCUAUGGUGAAUGCACUGAAACCAGCCGGCAUACUACCGCAGACGCUCACAACCACGGCUACCGGUACGAAAGGGACCGUUAUUUCAGCGUUCGGAUCACUACCAAAGAAGCCCAAGGUUUAG